AUUUGUCAUCCAAGAUGGUAACAAUUCGCGAUAAUAAAAUUUGCAAUAUCACGUGACUUUCCGACUGCGAAGAUACCUGUUAAUGAGCUCUGCAAGAAACAAUUACUUCACUUUAAUCGUGGUUUUUGUUGUAAUUAACUUCUUAAUUGAUUGAAUAGUUGUUAAAAAUCUAUCUAAUAAACUUUUAAAAGAUUAAUCUACUUCGAUUACAGCUUUCAAAGCGUACAAGUUACAUUUCAAAAUUUUUCAUUUUAUGCAAAAGCGCCAUCUGACUUGCCGCUGGAAUAAUUAUACAACAAAGAAUAUAUCGGUCUCAUGUAAUUGCUCAGCAACAUAUUUGUCAGGUUGUGAUCCUGGUUACUCUUUAACAUUUUUUAAUGGUUCAUGGACAUGCUUCAUUUGUUCAUCUGGAUAUUAUUGUCCAGGUGGAGUUUCACCUCCGAAAAUUUGUCCUUAUGGUACAUAUAACGAAAAUGAUGGUCAGUCAGAUAUAGGAGCUUGUAAGGAUUGCCCGUCAGGUUCAUAUUGUCCCAAUAGAGACAAAGCUCUUCCGUGUGCUUAUGGUACAUACACAAAUGUAACAAAAAGCAUAUCAUGUCUUCCUUGUCCACAAGGCUAUAGUUGUUAUAUUUCAUCAUAUUUGCCUAAAAAAUGUAAUAGUGGUUACUAUAGUUUAGAAGGUAAUGCAUCCUGCUUUACAUGUCCAGCUGGUUAUCAGUGUUUAAAUGGAGGGCCUCCUGUCAUAUGUAACAUUGGUGAAUAUUCCCCAUUUUCUUCAGAGUUUUGUUAUUCUUGCCCUAUUGGCUAUAAGUGUGAAACAAGUGGAAUGGAUAAACCAACCCCAUGCCAGAUAGGAUAUUACACAAAUGCAGAAAGACAGACAUCUUGUAUCAUUUGUGAGGCUGGUCGUAGCUGUAUUAAUAGAAAUGCUUCUGAAAUUUGUCCAGCUGGUAUGUAUAGUCAGCCUGGCAAUGGCUCUUGUUUUAAUUGUUUUUUUGGUAGUUACAGUAGUGCUGGCGCUUCAUCUUGCACACUUUGCCCUGCUGGUAAAUCUUGUCUUGAUGCAACACAUUUACCAGAAGAUUGUCCACAAGGUUACUAUUCAAAUAUUGGUGAUGGAAAGUGUGCUCUGUGUAGUUUGGGCUACAGAUCUAAUUCAAACAAGACAGCUUGCGUGUUGUGUGAUGCUGGUUACUAUUGUCCUCAUCCUAGUUAUUCAAUGAUACCAUGUCCUGCUGGAAUGUAUUCACUUGGAGGUUCAUACUUAAAUUGUACUAUCUGUCCUGCAGGUUUUGCUUGCCCUGUUUCAAAUGCUGCACCAAUACCAUGCUCUGGAGCAACUUAUUCGUUAUCAUUUUCAUUAUCAUGCAUGGUUUGUCCUGCUGGAUUCAGAUGCCCAGGCAGAUUAUAUGCUGAAGAGUGUCCGUUUAACUCUAUUCAAGGAUACACAUAUAGUACCGAUCAAAUGUUAGAUUGCGCAACAUGUCCUUCCAAAUAUACUGGACAAGUUUGUAAAUCAAGAUAUCAACAACCAUCAUCUUGUAAAACUGGCGAAAUCGUCAUUCAAAAUGGGACUGACUGUAUAUUAUGUUUUUCUGGAUAUCAAUGUCCUAGUCCUGGUCAAGAUAUGAUUAAAUGUCCUCAGGGAAUGUGGUCAUUGGCAGGUUCUACCUCUUGUGCAGUGUGUCCUUUAGGUUUUUAUUGCCCUAAUGAUACAUCGAUCCCGAUACCUUGUCCUUCUGGAAGCUAUCGGUCUCUAAAUAGUAGUGUUUUAUGUUCUCCCUGUCCUGGUGGUUUUUCUUGUGAAGAUCCUAGUGCUGCUCCAGUACCAUGUUUACCAGGAUUUUUAAGCAGCCCUGGUUCAUCUCUAUGUACAAUUUGCCCGGCUGGAUAUUCCUGUCCAGAUGUUACAAACCCAACAAAGAAUGUUCCUUGUGAAAAUGGAACUUACUCAAUUGCAGGAAAUCUUAUUUGUACACCAUGUAAUGCUGGAUAUUACUGCCCUAGUACCAUGAUUAGUACAAUGUUAGAUUGUCCUCCUGGCUAUAUUUCUGGUGCUGGUGCAUAUUUAUGCACACCAUGUCCAGCUGGUUACUUUUGUGACACACCUGUAUCUGCUCCUAGCAAAUGCAAUCUAGGUCAAUAUGCCAAACAAGGAUCUGUGAUGUGUUAUUCAUGUCCUGCUGGUUAUGCAUGUCCAUCCACAACAUCUGAUUUUUUUGUAGUUUGUCAGCCAGGCUGGUAUUCAAUAGGUGGUCAAGCCAACUGUACGCCAUGCCCUGCUGGGAAAUAUUGUCCACGCACGGAUAAAAGUGAUGCUUACGAUUGCCAGCCGGGUACCUUUUCAACUUCUAACUCAUCCAGUUGCCAGUACUGUCCACCUGGGUACAUGUGUCCAUAUACUAAUCUAGCAGUUGUGACUCCUUGCAUCCCUGGAGAGUACUCACUUGGUAAAUCACAAAAAUGUUUAUUGUGCGACAAAGGUUAUUAUUGCACAACUACAACUUCUUUACCUGUAAAAUGCCAACGAGGAUAUUAUUCUCAUGAAAAACAAGUAAAUUGUACAAAGUGUGAAGCUGGAUAUCAAUGUUCUAACCCAACUGAUCCAAAUAUUUGUCCUGUGGGAACCUACUCAGAGAGCGGUGCAACAGUUUGCUUGAGGUGUGAUAUGGGAUAUAUAUGUGUAGCUGGUUCAAGAAGUGCAACUCCUCUUGAUGGUGUCUGUCCUCGUGGUGGUUAUUGUGAUGGUGAGCUAUUUAAUCCAUGUCCUUCAGGAACUUACAACCCAAACAACGGUUCUAGAGAUUACUCUGUCUGUCAAAAUUGCCCAUCUGGUUUUUAUUGUACAGGCCCUGGUGUUAUUGAUUAUACAUUGUUUCCCUGUGGUGAAGGAUAUUAUUGCCCUGAAGCUACUCGUUAUGCAACUGAGUUUCCUUGUCCAUCUGGAACAUACAAUCUAUUAAAAACCCAGACAUCAGAUUCAUCUUGCACAAUUUGCCCUCAGGGUUACUAUUGCCCUCAAAACACAGGAAAUUUAGUUGGGAAAGAGUGCCCUGCUGGAUAUUACUGCCCUAUAGGUACAGGUGCAGGAAAAUCGUACGCAUGUCCUAUAGGAACAUAUUCAAGUGCACUUGGACUCCAAAAUGCAACUCAAUGUAUUGAUUGUCCAAUAGGAUAUUAUUGUCCAGAUGGUAGUAAAAAAGAACCUACUGUAAGUCCUAUUCCUUGUCCUCCAGGAACAUACAAUAUGUAUACAAAAACAGGUUAUAAACUAAACUGCAAACCUUGUGAUGCAGGCAGAGCAUGUCCCUUUCCUGGAUUAAAUUCAUCUAUUAAUUCAUGCAAUAUUGGCUUUUACUGUCCACCAGGAACAAUUGUUGGAAAUCAAUUUCCCUGUCCUCCAGGUACAUACACUAAUGAGACUAAUUUAAAAUGGCCUGAAGAAUGCCUUCCUUGUCCUGCAUCAUUUUCUUGUACCUGGGCUACAGGUUUUCCAGAUAAACCAUGGCAAGUUUGUCGUCAAGGUCAUUAUUGCCCACAAGGUACUCCAUCUCCUACCAAAUAUGCAUGCCCUCCUGGAACAUUUUCUGACAGCUCAUCGCUUUAUGAUGUUAGUCAGUGCACAGAUUGCCCAGUUAGUUACUACUGUCUUGGUGGUGAAGCAUCAACAACAGGAUUUUGUCCACCAGGUCAUUACUGUCCUCUCAAAACUAUGUUUGCAGAACAAUAUCCCUGCCCUAAUGGAACAUAUAAUCGAGAUUAUGGUAAAAUGAAUGCUUCAGAUUGUCAAGUUUGCCCUCAAGGUUACUUCUGUGAAAAAGGUACAGUAAAUUCUAGCGAAUGUCCAUUAGGUACAUACAUGCCCUAUGGUUAUAAUCAAUCAAGCGCUUCAAUUAUUGGCACUCCAGCUGGUUACCAAAUGGAUUGUUUAGUUUGCAAUGCUGGAUAUUUUUGUCUUAAUGCUACUAUUACACCUAAAAAGUGCGGGGUUGGCAAAUAUUCUAAGUUAGGACAGUCAGUUUGCCAGGAUUGCCCAAAUGGUUAUUAUUGUGAUAGCGAAGCUACUAGUGAAUCAGAUAUGCUUGCAAACAAGAAAUGCCCACCUGGCCGAUUUUGCUCUGGCGGUCUCACAAAAAUAGAUGAUGCUCAAGAUUGUGCUGAGGGUUAUUAUUGUGUAGAAGCUACUCCAAGAGAAGUUCCUUGCCCUGUUGGCACAUACAACAAAAAUAAGUCUGGCACCUCUUUGAUGUCUUGCUUACCAUGUGAACCUGGCUUUUACUGUGAGGAAAAAACAACAAAUCCUUCGAAGGUAUGUGAACCAGGUUACUAUUGUCCAACAAAUAUAACUGAUGGUAUCUCUAAUAACUUAAUUGGUUCUUAUGGUUCAAAACAAGUACCAUGCCCUGCAGGAACUUAUACUGAUGUUGAACAAACAAAAGAUAUUUUUGGUUGCUUAAACUGCAAUGCUGGAUUUUAUUGUUUACAGGGUACUGCUAACCCAAAAGAUUGCCCAAGGGGUUAUUAUUGCCCUCCAAAAUCUGUAUCUCCUACACCAUGUCCAUUAGGAACUUAUGGAAAUCAAACAAAUUUACAACACCAAAAUAAUUGUACUUUAUGUACACCUGGAUGGUACUGUGAUGGACAAGGUUUACCAACUCCUCGUGCACCAUGUGAUCCAGGUUAUAUUUGUAUCUUAGGUGCAUCUACUAGUACACCAACUGAUGGAGUUACUGGAAGCCUCUGUCCUGCAGGUGGAUUUUGUACGUCAGGUCAGUUUAAAAGUGAACCCUGUCCACCAAGAACAUACUCAAACACUGAAGGCGCAACUAAUAAUCAAGAUUGUAGAUUAUGUGACCCUGGAUAUUAUUGCGAAAAAGCGAGUAAACCAUUGCCUGAAGGUCCUUGUAAUCCAGGAUACUAUUGUUCUAGUGGGGCCAAAUCACCAAAUGAGACUGAGACGAAUCCUGGUCAUUAUUCUCCAAGCGGUUCUUCAGAUCAGAGACCUUGUGAUGUAGGUACCUACCAGCCAUAUAAAAGUCAACCAAAUUGUUUUCCUUGUCUAGCUGGGUACUAUUGUGAUGAAACAAGAAUGAACUUUACAAAACCAUGUAAUCCUGGUUAUUACUGUCCAGUGGGAAGUGAGGUGCCACAAUUUUGUCCUUCUGGAACUUACAACAAUUAUACUCAUAAGAAAGAGUUAAAAGACUGUUUACCUUGUCCCCCUGGAAUGUACUGCAAUGCAGCUUCUAGUCUUCCCACCGGGUUUUGCAAAGCAGGUUUUUUCUGUAUACAAUCUGCUGAGUUUGCAACACCUAUUCAAGGAGUAAGUUGGGGGCGUUUAUGUAGAGCUGGAUUUUACUGUCCUGAUGCAACUACUGAAGAAAAACCAUGUCCUGAAGGAACAUACAGAUCUGUGGUUGGUGGUAAAUCUGAAUCCGAUUGCAGUUUAUGUGAUGAUGGAAAAUUUUGUAAAGGUUUGAACAAUACAGAACCUACAGGAGGGUGUAGUCCUGGAUAUUGGUGUAAAUUGGGCAAUAAAUCACCUACACCCAGUGAGUCAGUUAAUGGUGGACUUUGUCCGGUAGGAAAAUAUUGUAGUGGACAAACAUCUGUGCCUGAAAGUUGUGAAAAUGGUUACUUUGCUAAUGGUGCAGGUGCUAGCAGUUGUACUGUUUGCCCUGCUGGAUUUUUAUGCCAAGGAAGUCCAAUAAAUCCUCUUCCUUGUCCUCGUGGUUAUUAUUGUUAUGAAGGUAACAGCACUCUAACUAGCAUGGGUGCUCAGUUAUUAUGUCCAAUAGGUACUUAUGGUGCAUCUGAAAAUCUAAAAAAAAUUAGCGAUUGUUCACCUUGUCCUGGUGGUCGAUAUUGUGAUGGUACAGUCAUAGGAAAUUACACUGGUUUUUGUGAUGCUGGAUUUUGGUGCUUAUCUAGUGCAGUUGCUAAAGAUCCUGCUUUAAAAGUUUCAUGUGGUAUAGAUGGUUGCGCAUAUGGCCCAUGUCCAGUUGGUGGAUAUUACUGCCCAAUUGGUUCUUCUUCACCCUCACCUUGUCCACCUGGUACGUAUAGUAAUGUGACUCAUCUUAAAUCUGCAGAUGAAUGUUUUAAAUGUAAUGAAGGAUAUUAUUGUGAUCGAGGAACUCAAAUGAAUGCUACAGGAAAGUGUUCUCCAGGAUUUUUUUGCUUAGAAGGUUCUCCUGAAAAAGAACCUAGUAAUUCUAGUUAUGGCGGAGUAUGCCCUUCUGGAACAUUUUGUCCUGAAGGAUCAGCUUUUCCAAUACCUUGUCUUAGUGGUACAUACAAUAAUGAGUCUGGCAAAGCUGAGUGUUUCAGCUGUCCUCGUGGAUUUUAUUGUCCAGUUGGAAGUGUGUUUCCAAUUUACUGUCCAACGGGUUAUUGGUGUGAAGAAAAUGCAACUUCUCCAUAUAUUAAUCCUUGCCCUGUUGGUACUUUUAAUAAUUUAAUUCAACGAUACUCCCAAGACCAUUGUCUUCUCUGCACUCCUGGAUAUUAUUGCAGUAUUCCAGGAGCAUCUAAUGUCAGUGGUGAAUGUGAAGCUGGAUAUUUCUGCUCAUUAGGGUCUAUUAGUUCUCGAGAUAGUAUAUGUCCAUCAGGUUACUAUUGUCCAAAAGCAUCUCCUGCACCAAUAAAAUGUGACAGUGGAAAAUAUUGUCCUAAUCAAGGUGAUAAAGCACCAUUUGGAAAUUGUUCGGCAGGAUAUUAUUGUGUUAAUGGUGCUGAUAUAUCUCGCCCAAAUGACAACAUAACAGGUAAUGUAUGUCCAAGAGGAGCUUACUGUCCAUCUGGUAGUGAUACACCAAUAUUGUGUCCUCCUGGAACCUAUUUAAAUAACACAAACAGCGAAAGUAUUUUAAAUUGCUUAACUUGCACACCAGGUUAUUUUUGCCAAGGAUAUGGAAACAUUGCUCCAACAGGACCAUGUAGUCCUGGAUAUUAUUGCCCUAGCGGGCAACAAAAAGCUACUCCAAAUGAAUUUAUAUGUCCAGCUGGGUUUUUUUGUAAACAAGCUUCUGCAAUUCCUUCACAAUGUCUACCUGGUACAUACCAAGAUGAAGUAAUGCAAGAUGACUGCAAAGUAUGUCCUUCUGGAUACUACUGUGCUGAUAUUAAUGGUCCUAUUGUUCAUUUCCUCAACUUUACAUGUCCAAAAGGAAUGUUUUGUCCAAAUGGCACACGGUACUAUAAUGAGUUUAAAUGUCCUCGUGGUACAUACAGCAAUUUAACUGGUCUUAAAACCAUUGAAGAAUGUAUACCAUGUCCUGGAGGUUUUUAUUGUGGCAGUGAAGGACAGAGUGAUUUCUCAACAAUGUGCUCACAAGGAUAUUACUGUAAAAGUGGAGCGUUUGUAUCUACUCCAGAAUUUGUAUCAGUUUCUUCCAAUACUUCUAAUUGUACAUGUCCAUUAUGUUAUUGUCCAUCAGGCACAUUUAAUAAAUCAAACGCAGGACCUUGCCCUAUAGGAUUCUACUGUCCUGAAGGAACUGAUGAACCAGUACCUUGCCCUUUGGGCACUUUUAAUGAUGUUAAUAAAGCAAAAUCAAUUGAUUAUUGUCAACCAUGUCCUGGUGGAAAAUAUUGCAGCUUGCCUAAUUCCACCCAGCCCACUGGUUUAUGUUUGGCUGGGUUUUAUUGUACUUCCAAUUCAACUGUUCCUGAUGAAAUUGUAUGUCCAGCAGGAAUGUAUUGUGAAGUAGGUUCAUUUUAUCCUACUCCAUGUCCCAUUGGAACCUUUAGAAACAUAACUGGCGGAGAAAAUGUUUCUGAUUGUUUUCCUUGUACUGGUGGAAAAUACUGUAAGGGUGAAGGUCUUGUUCAGCCAACUGGUGAUUGUCAUUCUCGUUAUUAUUGUCCACCUGGUCAAAGUGAACCUGAACCAGCUGAAUUUUAUUGUCAAAUCGGUAACUAUUGUCCUGGAGGUACAUCAGAUCAAAUUCCUUGUGCUUCAAACAGUAUGGCAAACACUACUCAUUCUGAAAAAUGUGAUCUCUGUCCAGCUGGUUUUUACUGCUUAACAUCAGGUGUGCCUUUACCAUGUUUAAAAGGUUUUUAUUGUCCAUCUGGUACUGGAAUAGAUCUCAAACCAUGUCCACCUGGUACAUUAGGUUUGGAACCUCGAUAUCAGAGUGUUAAUGAUUGUCAACCAUGCCCAAGUGGAAAAUACUGUCAGUUUCAAAAUGCUACAACUUAUACUGGAAGUUGUCAACCAGGUUAUUGGUGUGCAUAUGGUGUUGAUAGACCUACACCUCUUGGGAAUAAAACUUUGAAUAAUAAUUCUACUGGUAAUUGUUAUGAUGGCAAAGAAACAGGUUAUGGUGGAGUUUGUCCCAUUGGUUCUUUUUGUAAAGGAGGUACUCAGACACCAGAGGUAUGUCCUAUUGGAACUUAUGGACCAAUUGAAAAGUUAUCAACAUGUUAUCCAUGUAAGGCCGGCUACUAUUGUCCUUUUGUUAAUAUGACAACAUAUGAUACAUAUAUAUGCCCUAAAGGUCAUUUUUGUGUAAAUGGAACAGCUAUAUUUGGUUCAAAUACAGCUUGUCCAGUCGGAACAUUCUCCAAUAAAACAGGAAAUGUAGACAUAAUUGAUUGUGAUGCAUGUUUACCCGGCCAAUAUUGUUCAGAGUCAGGACUUUUUGAGCCAAAUGGUUUAUGUGCAGCUGGGUAUUUCUGUAGAAGAAAUGCAAAGAGUGGCAUACCAAAUCAAGGAGAAGAUGCAAAUAUAUGCCCAAUUGGAUAUUAUUGUCAAAAUGGUACAGCUGAACCUGUGAAAUGUCCAAAAGGAACAUUCAGUGUUCGAACAGGUUUAACUUCACAAGAAGAAUGUUCGAAUUGUACACCAAGUUUUUAUUGUGGUAAUGCUGGUUUACAAAAUGUAUCAGGACUUUGUAGUGAAGGCUAUUAUUGCCCAGAAGGAUCCCAAAGUCAAGAGCAGUUUCCAUGUCCAGUAGGAAGUUAUUGUCCAUACGGAUCUUCCUCACCUAUUCUUUGCAAUGCAGGAACAUUUCAAUCCAAUAUUCGAAGGACACAAGUUAGCGAUUGCUUGAGUUGCACUGAAGGUUACUACUGCGAAACUCAGGGUUUAGGAAACAUCACUGGUUUGUGUAAUUCUGGUGCAUAUUGUCCAACUGGUAGCAUACAUCCAUCCCAAAAAGUAUGUCCUGUGGGUUUUUAUUGUCCAAUUGGAAGUGCUAAGCCACAAUCUUGUUUAAAUGGAUACUUUACAAAUGCAACAGGCCAAUCAAAUUGUUCUCUAUGUCCUUCAGGAUACUAUUGUUUUUCUUUAAGUUUUGAACUCUCUGGAAAUACUACUAAUGGUUAUAAAAUAUGUCCUCCUGGAUUUUACUGUCCAGCUGGUAGUACAUCUACUGGAGUUAAAUGUCCAGCAGGAACAUACUCAAACCAAACUGGGUUGACUGAUGUUUCACAAUGCAAAUCUUGUGAUGGAGGCUAUUAUUGCUCUGGAAACAUCUUGACACAACCAGAUGGUGAAUGCGAAGAAGGAUUUUUUUGUUCAAUAGGUGUAAGUAUAUCUCGUCCUAUUGUUGAUUCUUACAAUUUUACAAAUGAUACAUGCCCUUAUGGUUCAAUUCUUGGAGUAAGUUUUAAAGGAAUUGGAGAUGUUUGUCCUAAAGGUUACUAUUGCAGCCGUGGCUCGUGGAAGCCAACACCUUGUGAAGCUGGAACCUUUAACAACAACACAGGUCAAGCAAAAUGUAAAUCUUGCCCAGCAGGUUUUUUUUGUCCACAAGGUACAAUAUCUUAUUUGAAUAACUUUUGCAUAAGUGGCUUUUACUGCCCAGAAAACACAACUAGAGCUAACCAAUACCCAUGUCCUGAAGGUACUUACAACAACAUGACUACCCAAACAUCUUUGACAGCUUGUAUACCUUGUGCUAAAGGAAAGUAUUGUGCUGGAGUGGGAAAUACUUAUCCUACAGGAGACUGCCAAGGAGGUUGGUAUUGUUCUGAAAAUUCUAUUUCUGCUACACCUACCAUAACUGGUGGUCAAUGUAGAGCAGGAUUUUACUGUCCUCCUGGAAGUUAUGAACCCAUUCCAUGUGAGUUAGGAACUUACUGUGAUAGAAAUGGCUUAGAUAUAUGGCAAGGACUUUGUUCUGCAGGAUAUUAUUGUAAUCAGAUGUCAACAAGUCCAAAUCCUAAUGGUACCGAAGGAGGUUUAUGUCCUUAUGGUAAGUUUUGUACUGCAGGAACAAAAGCACCUGAAAAUUGUCCUAUUGGAACAUUUUUAGAUAUUUUAGGAGGAAAAAUUACUACUGAUUGCAAAGUAUGUACACCAGGUAAAUUUUGUAAUCAAUCUGGAUUGAUUUUACCUUCUGGUGAUUGUGAACCAGGUUACUAUUGUCCAUCUGGUUCAAUUUCGAACAAGGAAGUACCAUGUGAUUAUGGUUAUCAUUGCAUUGGAGGAAAAGGUUUUCCAGAAAUGUGUCUUUCAGGUCAAUAUCAAGAUGAAAAAGCCCAAAGUAUGUGUAAAAUUUGUGUGGAAAGAUAUUUUUGUAAUGCUACAAAUGGACCAAUUGUUAAUUACACAUCCUUUGUUUGUCCAGAAGGUUAUUUUUGCCCUUCAGGAACUAAAUUUGCAACAGAAUACCCGUGCGGGUUAGGGACCUAUAGUAAUAGCCAAGGUAGGGCUAAUCAAAGUGAAUGUUUACCAUGUUUAGGAGGAUUUUACUGUGGAAGUUAUGGCUUAAUUAAGCCAUUUACACCAUGUAGUGCUGGAUAUUUUUGCAAAUAUGGUGCCAAAACAGCAUCACCUAGAGAAGGAGAAAAUGCUAAUAUUUGUCCAUUAGGUUUCUAUUGCCCAAUACAAACUGUAAACCCAAUAGGUUGUACAUAUGGCACAAUUGGUUUGAAAGAAGGACUUAUGUCACAGAUUGAGUGCAGUAAUUGUCCACCUGGUAUGUUUUGUGAUAAAGUUGGUCAAUCAAACUAUACUGGAAAAUGUAUGCAAGGUUUUUACUGCCCCAGUGGAUCUAACAACUCCCAACAAAUUGUAUGCCCUGAAGGAUUUUACUGUCCAUCAGGAAGUGCUUUUCCCACUCCUUGUCCAAUUGGAACUUAUUCUAAUAACCAAUCCUUGUUUAGUUCAAGUCAAUGUAAUCCAUGUGAUGGAGGCAAGUAUUGCAAUAAUAGUGGUUUAUUAGCUCCUAGUGGUGCCUGUAGAGAAGGGUUUUUUUGCCCUGUGGGAAGCAGUUCAGAUAUUCAGUCAAUUUGUCCUGUUGGGUUUUAUUGCCCUCAAGGAAGUUCAUCUCCUGCACAGUGUUUGUCUGGCUCAUACACAAAUGUGACUGGGCAAUUUGUUUGUCAACCUUGUCCUGAGAGAUAUUAUUGCACACCUGCUAAUAUUACCACUGAUCCUUACUCUGUUUACAAGCCUUGUCCUAAAGGUUUCUUUUGCCCUGAAUCAACUGGACUUAAUUGGAGACCAUGUCCUUUAGGAACUUAUAGUAAUAUCACAGGAUUGGCUAGUGCCAUGGAAUGUACAUAUUGUGAUAGGGGAAUGUAUUGUUCACAAUUAAAUGCGACAGCACCAACCGGUUUUUGUGCUGGUGGGUUUUAUUGUAUACAAGGUGUUGAUCGACCAAAUCCAAUUUAUGAUAAUUCUACUUUGAAUUGUUCACAUAUUGGCCUAGGUGGUAUAUGUCCUUCUGGUUCAUACUGUUUACCAGGAUCGGAACAUCCAGUAAUAUGUCCAGAAGGGACCUAUCAAGAUGAAAAGGGUCGGAUUGGUUGUAAACCGUGUCCAGAAGGGUAUUACUGCUACUCAAAUUCUACUGAUUAUUCAAAAAAUAAUUGUCCAAAAGGACAUUACUGUCCGAUGAAUACAACAGAACCUUUUAAGUUUAAAUGUCCACCUGGCACUUAUAAUCCAAAAGAUACGCAAAUAAAUAUAGCUGGAUGUCUGUCUUGUGAUGAGGGAAAAUACUGUUUUGGGAGUGGAAAUGAAGAUGUAUCUGGAAACUGUACUGCUGGAUAUUAUUGCCCUGGCUCAGCAAGUAAUUCAACUAUGUAUCUGUGCCCUUCAGGUUCUUUUUGUCCUGAAGGCUCCAAAUCUCCAACAUUAUGUACAGGGGGAUUUUUUUGUGCAACGACAGGUUUAUCUAUCCCAACUUAUGAAUGUUCUGCAGGCUAUUUUUGUACAAAAGGUGCAAUUAAGGCAAACCCUACUGAUUCAUCUGGUGGAGUUUGUCCAAAAGGUUUUUUUUGUCCUCAGAAAUCAUCAAUUCCUAUUGCAUGCCCAUUAGGAACUUUCCUUAAUUCAACACAGAAUGUUAAUUCAACUGAUUGCAAAUCUUGCUUGCCUGGAUUUUACUGUGAUCAAUACAACUCCAGUGUUCCUUGUGGUCUGUGUGAUCCAGGGUAUUACUGCAGUGGUGGAGCUGUGAACAGUAAGCAGUAUUCUUGUCCUGCUGGGUAUUAUUGUGAAAUUGGAAGCACUGCACCUAGACCAUGUCCAUCUGGAACUUAUCAAAAUGAACCAAGACAAUCACAGUGUAAAUCUUGUGAACCAGGUUAUUAUUGUGAUAGCAGCAGUUCUCCAGUUAUUAAUUAUACAUUAUUUUCCUGUCCAAAAGGAUUUUACUGUCCUUCAAAAACUUCUUACUCAACCCAAUAUCCAUGUCCUUCAGGAACAUUUUUGAACCGAACUAAUGGUGCUUCAAUUAAUGACUGUAUACCAUGUCUUGGUAGUUAUGCUUGUGAUAUUCCUGGUCUUAUUUAUCCUGCUACACUUUGCUCAGCUGGUUACUAUUGCAAAGAAGGAGCUAAUCAGACUACUCCAAAUUUAGAAAAAGCGAACGUUUGUCCUCCAGGAUGCUUCUGUCCCAAAGGUACUGAUGAACCAAUAAAAUGUCCAGUAGGAACCUAUAGAAAUAGUAUUUUGGGAAUGUCUGAAAUUGACUGUUUAUCAUGUAUAGGUGGAAUGUAUUGCAACAGCACUGGUCUUGCUUUUCCAGCUGGUUUUUGUAAAGCUGGUUACUUUUGUCCAAGAAACUCAUCAAGUUCUACUCAAUACAUAUGUACAGUUGGACAUUAUUGUCCUGAAGGAACUGAAGUACCAAGGGAAUGCCCUAUUGGAACAGCUACAAAUUUUACUGGGUUGGUAAGUGAUACACAAUGUCAAGAUUGUGAAGCAGGAUUUUAUUGUUCAUCAACUGGGCUCAUACAGCCUACUGGGCCUUGCUCUGCUGGGUAUUUUUGUCCACCAAGAAGUAAUAACUCUAUGUCUAUUGUUUGUCCUUCCGCAAUGUACUGCCCAGUAGGCAGUAGCAAACCUAAAUUUUGUUUAGAAGGAUAUUAUACAAGUUGGGAACAAGCAGAUGUGUGUGCUCCAUGUAUUAGCGGUUAUUAUUGUGUUGGUGACAAUGUUACUCCAGGGAAUCGUAAUUCUGGCAUUAUAAGAUGUCCGCAAGGUUAUUUUUGCCCAAAUGCAACUGGUAGAAACUGGCAACCUUGCCCAAUUGGAUCAUACAGCAAUAAAACAGGUUUAACUCAACCUUCAGAGUGCACUGCUUGUGAUGGAGGAAUGUAUUGUGACAGUUCUAAUUUAACAGCACCAUCCGGAUUUUGUGAUGCAGGUUAUUACUGUGUUUCUGGCAUUUAUUCAAGGCGACCAGAGCUAAGUAAUCUUACAACUUGCCCAAUAUCGCCUUCUCUUGUUAGCAUUGGUGGAGUUUGCCCAAGUGGUUAUUACUGCCCAAAAGGAAGUCAUAGAUAUAACGCAUGUUUACCCGGAACUUAUAGUCAAGCAGGAGCCGAAAGCUGUUUAAAAUGCCCACCUGGGUAUUUUUGUUUGGAUCAUACAUCCAAUUAUACUCAAAAUAUAUGUCCUUCUGGUCAUUAUUGCCCUCCUGGUACUACAAAUCCAUUACAGUUUCCAUGUCCACCUGGAACAUUUAAUCAAUUUGAAGGUUUGAGCACUAAUUCGUCAUGCAUUUUGUGUCCUGGAGGUUUUUAUUGUGAAGGAUAUGGAAACAAAAAUUAUACAGGAAAAUGUUAUGAAGGAUUUUACUGUCCAAUUGGAGUUGAUUCACCUACUCCAUUAAAUUUUAAAUGUCAGCCACGAUUUUAUUGUCCUAAUGGGUCUUCAGAAAUGAUUAAUUGUUCAGGUGGAAGUUAUUGUCAGACACCAAUGCUUAGCUCACCCACUGGUGAAUGUUCUGAAGGAUAUUAUUGCCCUAUAAACUCUUUAAAUCCAAAUGAAAGAAUUUGUCCUGCAGGUUAUUUUUGUAAAAAGGGUACAGAAAUUCCUACACCAUGUCCAAAAGGUACAUAUUCUGCAUCUGAAAGAGGAGUAAAUAAUAAUGUCUGUUUAAAUUGCACUGCUGGAUUUUAUUGUAAUGGAACUGGAAUGUCUAUGCCUGGUAAAGAAUGUAGCCCUGGAUAUUAUUGUCCUCCUGGUCAAUAUGAACCAAAACCUUCUGCUUAUAUCUGUAUUGAAGGGCAUUUUUGUGGAUUAGGUUUCCCUUUGCCACAGAGAUGUGAAAAUGGAACCUAUCAAAAUAACAAGGGCUCUUCUUCUUGUAUUCAAUGUCCAAAAGGCUACUAUUGUGAUAACACAGUAACUCCUGUAGAUAGUUUAAGUGGACGUUUAUGUCCUGCAGGUUACUAUUGCCCUCCUGGUACUCGCUAUGCAAAUGAGUUUGGCUGUUUAUCAGGAACAUGGUCUAAUAUGACUGGUUUGAAUGAUUCCUCACAGUGCCAACCUUGCCCAAAACAAUUCUAUUGCCAAAGAAAAGGUUUAUCUGCUCCUGAAGGAAAAUGUUUUGCUGGAUUUUAUUGCAAUGGUAGUGCUUCUACACCAACACAAUAUGAAUGUCCGACAGGUUAUUAUUGUGAUGAAGGAUCUUUCCAACCAUUGACUUGCCCUGCAGGAUUUUUUAUUAAAAUAAAAGGAAGCAAAUCUAUUUCAGAUUGUCAACCAUGUAGUUCAGGAAAAUGGUGUGAUCCGAGCAAAGGUGUUGGAGUGGUUGAACAAAAUUGUUCAGCAGGAUAUAUAUGUGUAUCAGGUUCUACAACUCCAACACCAAAUACUGGUAAUUCAUCAAUAGGUUAUCUAUGCCCAUUAGGUCAUUAUUGUGUUGAAGGAGCAGUACUUGAACAGCCGUGCUUACCUGGAUACUAUGCUCCAAUUAUGAAAAUGGAAAAAUGUUUACCCUGUCCAACUGGAAGAACAUGCCCAAAUUUUGGAACUAUUAACCCACUUUCUUGCCCAACUGGUCAUUACUGUGAACAAGGUAUAUCUUCAGUAGGUACACCAUGCCCAGUAGGAAAAUAUAACCCUGAAACCAAUAAAACUAGUGUGAGUGAUUGUUUAGAUUGUCCCUCAGGAAAAUUUUGCCAAUUUCCUGGAUUAUCUUCUCCAUCUGGAAAUUGCAAUGCUGGAUUUUUAUGUCGGGUUGGAGCAAAAGAUGCUUCACCAAAUGAUACAGUAAAUAAGUUGUGUCCUACAGGUUCUUAUUGUGAAAGCGGAACAACUUUAUCAAAGCAAUGUCCACCAGGAACCUUGAGAAAAUUUCCAGGAGGUACAUCUAUUGAAAGCUGUUACCCAUGUGAUCCAGGUUAUUAUUGUGAAACAUCUGGUCUAUCAAGUCCAACUGGUUUUUGUGAUAAAGGUUUUUUUUGUCCUGAAAAUGCAAGUAUAUAUUCAAAUCAGCCAACACUAUAUAAAUGUCCAAGCGGUUAUUAUUGUCCUGUAGGAACUUCUGUUCCUAAAGGUUGCCCUCCUGGUACAUAUCAACCUGCUACUGGCUCUUCGGAAUGUUUAAGUUGCCCAGCAGGUAAAUAUUGUUCUGGAAACACUGUCUUUCCUAACCCUUGCCCACCAUAUCAUUACUGUCCGAUAGGAACUAUUGCACCAAUAUCUUGCCCAAAUGGAACAUUUACCAUGGAUGAUAUGAUAGGUUUAUCCUCAAAUAUUUCUUGUAAUCCUUGUCCAUCUGGAAAAUUUUGUCAAAAUGGAAUUCCAGUGGGGAACUGUAGUGGCGGAUAUAUUUGUUUUAAUGGUAGUAAGGUACCCAACCCAAAUGAUGGAAUACAAGGAAUUAUAUGUCCAAUGGGGUACUAUUGUCCACCAGGUACAGAAAUAAAGCUUCAAUGUCCUAAAGGUUUAGUAAUUUAUCAAAAUGGGAGCUCAAGUAUCAAUGAUUGCCAACAAUGCCCUGCAGGUUACAUUUGUACUCCAGAAAGCACAGUUCCAACAUUAUGCAACAGAGGCUACUUUUGUUCUUUUAAUCUUACUCGAGCACCAUGUCGAGAAGGAACUUACAACAAUUUAGAGGGUGCUAUUGAUGAAUCAUGGUGUAAAGCUUGCCCUCCAGGCUAUUGGUGUAAAGAUACUGGUACUGCUGACUAUUCCCAAAAUCCUUGUCCUGUUGGGUUUUAUUGUAACAAAGGUGUUCUUUAUCCUCAACCAUGUCCUCCUGGCACUUAUAGUAAUGUUACAGGCACUAAAACUGUUGAAGAAUGUUCUAAGUGUCCAGCAGGUUAUUAUUGUCCUGUUAAUGGUUCUACUAUCACUAUACCAUGUUCUAAUGGUACAUACUGCCCAAAUGGCAGCAUAAGUCCAGUCUGGUGUGAAGCGGGAUUUUAUUGCCCUGGCGCUCAAGUAAAGAUACCAUGCCCAAGUGGUUUUUACUGUCCAAAUGCUUCAGAAAGUCUAAUACCUUGUCCAAUGGGUCAUUACUGUCUUGGAAAUGAUAAUUGUACAUUAUCUGAAGCGGGUUCUAUAGUUCCCAUAAUUUGUCCUUUAGGCUAUAAAGAAAUAAGUGGUAGUAAAAGAUUAACAUUUAAAGAUACAUGUGAAUUAUGUGAACCAGGGACAUAUGGGGCAGCAUCUGAUCGCAUCUCAUGCACAAAAUGCAAAGCUGGAGUUAUUUGCAUGCAAGGAGCUACAACUGACAACCCUCUUGCAAAUAAUACAGUAUAUGGUAUUAAUUUUACAAACUCCUAUCCAUGUCCUGCUGGUUACUAUUGUUUAUCUGGUGACCACUUUCCUCGAGCUUGUCCUAAUGGAACUUACAAUGACCGUGAAUAUGGUAGCCAAAUAUCAAACUGCACAUUAUGUCCAAUAGAUCAUUAUAAUCAUUUAACAUCACAAAAGGCAUGUUUUUCUUGUGGUGGUCAAGCUAAGCAACCCUUCCAAGGACAGGAUAGUUGUGUCUGCAAUGGUAUUCAUAGAGUAUUUAUGCCUAGUGACAAAACUUGCUUGUGUGAAAAAGGUUAUGAAGUGAGUUCAGGUAGAGAGCAAGAUUGUGCACAAAAACUAUAUGCUAUAUGCAGUGAAGGACAAUGGCGAAACCAGAAUGGCUCUUGCAUGAACAUUGAGCAAUGGAACCAAUAUUGUAUAAAUAAGGUAUGCAUUGGGUCUGACAACUAUGUGGGUUUUGACAGUGAAUUAGGUCUUUGUUUAUGCAAGGUUGAUGAUCUUGAACAAAUUUGCAAUCGUGAAUGUCGAAUUAAACAGAAAAAUUUAAUCCAGUAUAUCUGCACAGACCCGAUCACAAUUAGAUUGACUUAUCAAAAUGGAAGCUAUGUUGAAGCACCAUAUAGUGACAUGCUAGCAGUUCAAAAUUUUAGAGAUACAUUUUCAAUUGAUAAAUGUGAAAAAUUAGACAAUUCUACUCAUCCAUUUUAUCUUACAAGUGUUGGAGUGACUGGGUUUCUUGGAGUAUACAAUCCUCCUACUGAAAAUAUUGCAUCGUUGAUGUUUUCACAAAUAAAAAACUCAACACAAAGUUCCCGUAAAAGGAGAGAUUUAUCUGAACCAUUCACAGGCAUUAAAAAUCCUACAGUGUGUAUCAAUUACAACGAUGUUAUACUUUUCAGUGUUUCAAAUAAAUAUUUUCCUCAAUAUGAUGAAGAGAAUUUAUUUAAUACAAAUCCAAACUUUGAUUUUGGUGCCUUUAAAGAUCUAGCAGAACAGCACACUCUUAUGGAUACUCCUACAACAUUUUUUUCAUUCAGAUUCCAAUCAGAAGGAGUUUAUGUUUUCAAGAUGAGCUCAUCAGGUGAUCUAAGAAUGUAUGUCAGAGUGAUGACUCGUGGUGCACAAUGCGCAGAAGAUGGCCCUUUUUUUGCCACUACACCUCGUGCUAUUAUUCAAAAUGGAAUUGCAAUUGAUCCAAACAUUUUAAUAACUCCUGAUUGGUUAUUGAUAGGUGUCAUGGUGAUCUGUUUCUUUGUGCUUGUUCUUAUAUUAAUUAUUGGACUGUUUAUGUUUCGCAUUCAUGGAUGGCGAAAGUUGUUGUAUAUUAACCCUAAAUUCAGGCAGAUGUCUUCAUUGUUUAACUUUGAUGAUUAUUCUUCUAAAGGCUCUGCUGUUCAUCCAUUAAAAAAAUACCAUAGAAAAAAAAUGUUACUUGACCAAAAAAAUAUUCAGGAAAAAGAUUCUAAACAUGAUGAAGGACAAAUAGUUGCUAUGGAAUCUGUUGUAAAAGGUGAUGAAUUCUGGGACUAUGACCAGCAAAUAGAUAUGGAAGCUUUUAGUACUAAAAAUUUCUACACAACUUUAUCAAAUCAAACAAAUGAAAUAACACUAGCAUUAGCAAGACAAAAAGAUCAGGUGAAACAGCUAUACAGCAAGAUUAACAGUCAAGCAGAAUCUCUUAAAGGAUUAUGGGUUGCUAAAUUAAAUUUAAGAGGUCGUUCUGUUCUGGCGUCUCCUGAAUCUUUACAAGCUUACGAAGUUAAAAAGAAAGAGCUAGAGGAUGAGUUAGAAAGACGUAAAGAGCUUGGGUUUGGUUUUCUCCAAGUGCUGCAAAAGCAGAAUGAUAUCUUUGAAAAAGAUGAAAAAGCAAGAGAACAGCAUCAAAUAUCAUUUAUGUCUACAGUUUAUAAUAUUCAACGCAUACUUAAAAAUUAUACACAAUCUAAAGAAAAUGAUGAAGGGGAAAAAAAAGAAGAGGGGAAAAGCGAAUUUGAUAGUAAUCUGCAACAUAAGGUUGGUAUCCGUGUAAAUAUGCUGUUAAGCAAGUUAAACAAAGAGCUUGUUGAUGAAGCUCAACGAAGAGGAGCAUUAGGUAUUAUAUCCCAAAGCAUUGGAGGUCUUAUGCUUGAUCAUAAUGGUGAAGCUGUUCCUAGAGAGAAAAUAUUAAAGCCUGAUGGUACUAUAAUCGAAAAUAACAAUAUGGUGACAUUUGAUUCAAAAACUGGUUUGCUUAUGCCUAAUCCUCUUGAGGUUUGUAUGCUUUUAGGAGAUGGUAUUACUAUUGUUGAAGUUCCAAAUGGUUUUUUUGUACACCCUGUUACAUGUAGACUUUUACAAAUUGAAGGUAAUGUUGCUUUUGAUCCAGUUUCAUCAAAACUUGUUUUUACAACUGACAGUCCAAAUGGAGAAGCCUCUAAUUCUCAUGUACGGUUAAUACCUUAUAUACCAUAUCCAAUCAAUCCAAUGACUGGGCAACCAACAAUUACUAAGUUUCAUUCUUUAGAAAAAAAGAGUGAAAUGGUUUACUUAGGCCCUAUGAAUGAUUACAAAACCGGUCAAAUUGUUCCUAUACUGGGUAUCACUAUUCAUCCUACAACUGGUAAAGCUUUUCCAGUUGGAGGAACUUAUCUUGAUUUUGUAACAAAGCUCCCCAUACCCAUAGAACUUGGGUCUUUGUUUGUUGAGCCUGUUUUUUCAAACCCAAUUCCAAUCAUGGGUGUAACCAUUGAUGCUUUAUCUGGGGAUGCUAUACCAAUUGGUGGUGUGACACUUGAUGAGCCUUCAAUGCCAGUUUUAUUAUAUGACAGUUUUAAAGACAAACUUUCUAAGAAAGAUUUAAAAGUAACAAGUGUGCGUCUUUGCGAUCAAAAUAAUUGGGAGGUAGAGCAGUUAAAUGGAGGAGAAAGAGCACUUUUAGAUGUGAAUGAAUUGUAUUAUGAAUCAAAAAUUGUUGAUGUACUUCAUGAUUUAAAUAAUGCAGUAACUAGUGCAGAUAAAUCAAGCGGUCGUCAUGAAGAGAGUAUUUUAGAAACCCUUUUAAAAGAUUUAAAGAAGUCAAGAACAAGAGUUCGCACUUUAAUUCUUAGAGAUGGACAUGAUCUGGUAAGACAAACAGAACGAGCUUCAAUAUUAUCAGACACUGGAGGUAGUCCAGGUAUGUAUGAGUUUGUAUCAACUGGUCAGUUGUUACCUAUAUUAAUUGGAACAGAGAUGUCUGAUCCUUCAGGCUCCGGAAUUAAUGUACCUAUUUUGGGGAUAGAAAAAAAUAAAGAAAAUAGCUCUUGGUUUCCGUUGGGUGGAACUGUUGAUGAUAUUUUAGGAGAGGGCCUAAAACCAAUAAGACUUGGUGAUCAAGUUGUUGAUACAAUAACUGGAAAGCAAGCUCAUUGUGUUGGAGUAAAGUACAACUAUGACACUGGCUUUACUGAGCCUAUAACAGCUAUUUCUUUAAAAAAAAAGAAAGGAAAUGUACCAUCUGUUUCAGCACAAUUGCUUGAAGAAGAAAUUGCUGCUCGAAAAGGUUUUUGGAGAAGACAACGAAAGCGUGAAGAAGAGUUAAAAAACUUAGAGUCAAACAUUGUUCAUCAAUUAACUAAAAACGAGGUCAAAGUAUCUAUAUUAUUACGAGAGAAACUGGAAACUAUUGUUGAAGAUACAAAAGCUUUAAAAGAAGCAAGUAAUCGUGAAUUUCAACGAAGAGCUAAUUCCACACUUGAUCAAGCAUCUGCUCUCCCUCCUCAAGUUGUAGCUGUUUUAUCGCAGUGUGAUUCACUUGAAAGUGAUAGGGAAGAGGUUAAAAAUCAGUGCCACUCUAAGUUGUCCGAGACAAUUGAGCGAUUUUUCAGUAAACAUGAUGCUGAAGAGAAGAAAUAUAAAACAAGGAUGGAUGAACUUGAGGGAGCCCUUAAUCCAGAUGCUGAAACAUCUGUUACACAGAGGUAUAAUGCUGCCAAAUCUCGAUUACAACAAGAUUUAGAAGAUCAAUUGCAAAACCGAGUUGAGGCAUUAGAUGAGCAGCAAGAAUCACUUGAAUAUAUUCGUGAGAAAGCUGAACUUUGUGCUUCUGAAGCAAAGAUAAUAUUAAAUACUAGUGCAGUUCAAUCAGGUUUUUAUGACUCUAUCUUAUGUGGAGUUUAUGGUGAACCAAAUAUCUCAUCAGAUGAAUCUAGUAAUGAAUUAAUUCCACUUUUGCAAAAACUCAUCAAAGUUAUAGAAGAAAAAGGUCCGCUUCCUGUUUCUUAUGACCAUUUAUUGAUGCAAAGAUCUGAUCACAAAUUGCACACUGAUGUUUUGAAACAAGAUAAUCAGAAAGUUGAUUUAUUUAAGCUAAAACCACGCUCUGAAAUAUUUAAUAAUGUGCCUGGAAUUCUUGUUACUGGUGAAGAACCAUCUGGAUAUGAAAAUGAAGUUUUUAACAUUUACAAUGAAGGUAAAAAUAUUAAUGGAUCUGGUUAUGAGGAUUAUCUAUCUUCAGAUAGUGAAUUGUUUACAAAAGAAAAUGAAAACAUAGAAAAGGAGAAUAGCUCAGAAGAGAAUUCUCAAAACAAAAAUGAAAUUAGAAAAACUAUUUUAGAAAAGAAUAUUGCUGAAUCCAUGAAUUUAGAAAAUGAACUGCGAGAAAAUGAAGCUAAAGAAAUAGAUUUAGUUUUAAAUGGUGUUUUUCAGCUUAAAAAAGAAGCAUUUUUAGAAGUUCAAAAAGAGUUAAAGGAAAAGUUGUCAGAUGUUACUGAUGAAAGUAAGCGAAAUGAAAUUAUUGAGCAUUUUGCUGCAAAGUUGAAAAGUAUGACUGAUGAAUUUUCUCAACUUAAGGAACAAAAAAUGGCUGUAACAAUUAAUAAUCUUACUCAAGAAAGAAUGAAGAAAAAGAAUUCUUUAUUUCAAAAACAAGUUGCUGAAGCUGAGGCUAAUAAUAUUGACAUAACUUUUAAACCUCCAAAUGAAAAUGAAACUAGCUUAAAUGUAAAGGUUUUUGCUAAAGAACAAGAUAAGCUUUUUAACGAAAUCAAAAAUGCUUAUGAAGAAGAAGCUAGUAGACAGAAAAAAGAAUUGUCUGAGCAAAUGAUGAAAGAAAUGGAAAAAAAUAUUCAAAACAUGAGUUUGCAACUUUUAAAUCCUGAUGAAAAUGAGUUAAUACAAUUAAAGCAGGAUAUAGAAAAAGAAACAAAAUCUCUGGGUGCAUUGAAAGAACAAUUACAAUUAAACCAAACAGUAGAAACUCCCAGAUCAGAAGACAAAAGUAUUCAAUAUCAGAUAAUUGAAGAUAAAGCUAAUAAUGCACUUGAAGUAGCUGCUAUAUUAGGAGCAGUUCAAGAGGCUUUCAAUGAUAGAAACAAAGGAGGUCAACUUAAAUUAUUGGACAGACUUGCUGGCAAAAAUCAUUUGAAUGAGGAUGAAAAACAAGAAAUAUUGAAUCGCUUUUUGAGUGAACAACAAACUCUAAACGAAAAGUAUGAUGAAAUGAAAGAAUACAGUACUGCUGCUCUUAAUGCAAAGCUUGAAGCAAGAAAGAAAGUGCGAGCGGAAAAAAAUAAGGAAGAUUCUUUGAAGAAAUUGUUUCAGGAAAUAACCGAAGCAGCAGAUGGAGAAAGCCAGCUUUGUGAUACACAGCUGACAACAGAGCAAAUAAAAGAUCAAGAGAAACUUUUGAGUGAACAAGAAAAAAAACAUUCCGAUUUAUUGAUGAAGCAGUACAGAGAAAAAAAAGAAGCUGAACAUGAACUAAAAAAGGAACAGUUAAUGGUUGUUCAAGAUAUUAAUAAUGAGUUUGAAGCAAAAAAAGCAAAUGCUCUAGUAGAACAACAGAAGACUUUCAAUGCUAUUUUAGAUUCUAAGAAAAAGAAUCUUUCUGAAGAACAAAUGAAGGUUCUUUUAGAUCAACAUAAUCAUGAUAGAGAAUCUUUAGAGCAAAGCAUGGAUUCAGAAAAGAAUCGUCAGUUAUUGACACUAGCUGAUAAAAUUGCAGAAAAAAAGAGGAAAAAAAUGGAAACUUUGGCUAAACGACAUGAAGCUGAUUUGCAACAACAUGUAGUAAAGGAAAAUAAAGAACGAAAUGAACUAUCUGCAGAACAACUUCGCUCAAUUGAGAAUACAAACCUUGCAGCGAAGGUUGCUGAAAGUAAUCCAGACCAUGUUGAAAACCUUAUUUUGGCAUCUGUAAGACAAAGACACAUGCGUGAAAGAAUAGAACAAGAAAAGCAGUUUAAAGAUGAAAUUGAAGCCUCGCAAUCUUUAUUAAAGGCACAAAUUGUUGAAGAAAACCAAAAGCAAAGAGAAGCUUUACUCGCUGAACAAGACAAGGAGUUUAUGAAUAUGGUAAAUGCAUCAGGUAACUUAGAUAGCGAUAGCUUGAGACAGAAAAAGAUUAUGCUGGAAUCAAGACACAAAAAGCAACUUGAAGAGUUUGAUAAAAGUAAAGUUGACUUGCUGUCUUCAGCUCUUUUAGAAAUAAGCCCUUCACUACAGGUUGCACAUGCGCAUGCUCGUUUGGAACUUCGAGAGCGACAGCUGAAUGAGCUAUCUAAUUCUAUGAAAGAUUUCAUGACUAAAGAGGAACUUUCAAAACAGUAUUCUGAACAAGCAGAAAAGGCUUCUCAGGCUGUGGAAGAGUUUAAAAAGAAAACUGUGUUUGAAAUGGCAAAAAAGAUUGAAGAUAUUAAAAAGUCUCGUCGGGAUAAAGGAGAGGAGCAGAGAAAAGCAAUGGAGGAAGAAGUAAGAAAAUUAGAAGAACAGCUAGAGAAAGAAAGAGAAGCAGAUGCUUUAAAAGAAGCUGAAAAACAAGCUGAAAUUGAACGCAUGCGUAAAAAAAAGGAAAAAGAAAAAGAAGAAUUAGAAAAGUUGGCAAUCCUUCAAAAGGAAGUUGGAGAUGUUGAGAAAGACCGACUUUUAAAAGAGCAUGAAGAAAAUGUGGUCAAGUUUCAAAACAAAAUGAAAGAUGAUCAAGAUCGAAAUAAAGAAAUGUUAAGAAAAAAACUUGAAGAACGAAGAAAUAAGAAAGGUAAUGUGGGAGGAGAAAAAUACAGAGAAGGUGCUGUGCAAAAUUAUCAGGAAGAUAUAGGAAAAAAAGUUGUUUUGCAACAAGAGAAAGCAAAUACACUGACAUCAGCACCACCAUCUGUUUUGGAAAAACCUUUUGCAACUCUUGAUUCAAAACAAGCUCAAAACUCUUUAAACAGUAAACCAGCUUUAAAUAAAAAAGAAUGGAUUGCGAUGCUUUCAGAAUCACCAUUGUUUCAAGCUGUUAAUGAUAUAGAGACUUUAAUUGAUCAAGGUAUAGGGAUUCAAAGAGUUCUUGGAGCAAGAGGAAGGCCAUAUAUUGACAUAAAGGAUGCUCAAUGGUCUUGCCAAGGUGAAUUAGUACCUGUUGACAUAAAUGAGUUAUCUCCUCUACAAUUUGUAGUUUAUCGGUUUGGAGUGUUUGCUUGUCAAUUACUGCAAGAAGCCAUGCAAGCUCCAGAAGUAACUCUUCUUAUUGCAUCAAGUCUUCCAGUAAACAACUAUGCAAAAAAUGCUUUUCGCAAUUCUUUUUUUUAUGAACGUGCACGAAAAAUACUGUUUAUACGUCAGGAGAGAAUGGAAAGUGUUGGAGAUUUUAUAGUGCUCAUCAUGCAUUGUUUGGCACACAUUAAAGUCGAUGAUCUUGUUGACGACGAGAAUGUGCUGUUCCUAAGGGAGUUUUACAAAGCAUUACGCAUUUGCUGCCAAGACAUGUUUUUUUCUCGUGCUAAUUCUGCCUCACCAGUAAACUUUUUGUUAGGCAGUUCUUCAGAAAAGACAGUUGGUACGCCUUUGGAGCAAACAUUUUUGCGUCUUAAAAAACCUGCUCAAAAGUUAAAUCUUGUAAAAGAAUUAAUCAAUGUGAAAGUCAAUGAUCCAGUGAGACAAGAUUUUUCCAGUGAAGGGUUAACCGAUCGAUUAUCUAAACAAAACACCUUUAUCGACAAUACAAAAUUGCGCAUGUAUUUACGAUCUGUCGGUGCAGUCGAUUGUACCGAGCAAAAAGAAAUUUACGUUCAAAAGCGAUUAAAUGAGCUUACUGGAAAAGAAGAGAUAAAAACAAUUAACAAACCAAGAAGAAGAAGCAGCGUUGUGGUAAUUUCUCCAGAGCUUUUACUAGACGCCCAACUUAAUGAUCUUUAUUCAAAAAUUGACCAGCUCAAUGUAGAAAUAGCUUCUGUUAUAAAGUCAUCUUCAAAUAUUAAAAAAAAUAUGCACUACCUUCAAGAUAGUGGUGCUUCUCAGGAAAUAAUUGGACGUCGAAGAAAGCAGUUGGAGGAACAAGAUUUGAGAAUCCAAAACCUUUUAAAAAAGCUUAAAAUAUUGGAAACCGAAGCUUCUAGAAAAGAAAAAGAGUUGCACCGUUGAUUUUUUACUAUUUUAUUUUAUAUAUAUAUAUAUAUAUA